UGCCCCGGAAGUGCUACCCAGGCGGGUGCUUGGAGUGUCCAGGGCGCAGGCGCAAGUCAUUAUGGCGGCCCGCACUGGCUCCAUGACCGGUUUGCUGUGUGUCCGCUGGUGGAGUAGCGCGCCGCUUGCGGCCGGACGACGCCCUCUAGCUGCCUGUCGGCGAUGGGCCGGCUCCUCGGCAGACACCGUGUACGAUGUGGUGGUGUCAGGAGGAGGCCUGGUGGGCGCUGCCAUGGCUUGUGCCUUGGGACAUGACAUUCAUUUUCGUGACAAGAAAAUCCUGUUGCUAGAGGCAGGUCCAAAGAAAGUACUGGAGAAACUGUCAGACACUUACAGCAACAGAGUCAGCUCCAUCUCCCCUGGCUCUGCAACCCUGCUCAGUAGUUUUGGUGCAUGGGACCACAUCUGCAAUAUGCGGUGCAAAGCCUUCCGGCGGAUGCAGGUUUGGGACUCCUGCUCAGAGGCCUUGAUCAUGUUCGAUAGAGAUAACUUAGAUGACAUGGGCUACAUAGUGGAGAAUGACGUCAUCAUGUGUGCUCUCACCAAGCAGCUGGAGGCUGUGGCAGACCGUGUGAGGGUUCUCUACAGGAGCAAAGCUGUUGACUAUGCCUGGCCUGCCCCGUUUUCCAUGACAGACUCCAGCCCUUGGGUCCAUAUUACCCUAGGUGAUGGCAGCACCCUCCAGACCAAACUGUUGAUUGGUGCUGAUGGGCACAACUCAGGAGUAAGACGAGCUGCUGGGAUCCAGAAUGUUAGCUGGACCUAUGACCAGUCUGCUGUGGUGGCCACUCUGCAUUUAUCAGAGGCCACAGAAAACAACGUAGCCUGGCAAAGAUUUCUCCCUUCAGGGCCUAUUGCUCUGCUCCCGCUCUCAGAUACCUUGAGUUCCUUGGUUUGGUCCACAUCCCAUGAUCAUGCCGCAGAGCUGGUCAGCAUGGAUGAGGAAGAGUUUGUGGAUGCCAUCAACUCUGCCUUUUGGAGUGAUGCUAACCACACAGACUUCGUCGACUCGGCCAGCACCAUGUUGCACUAUGUCGUCAGCCUCCUGAAGCCCACUAGGGUCUCAGCUCGUCAGUUGCCCCCAAGUAUAGCCAAGGUGGAUGCUAAAAGCAGAGCCCUCUUUCCUCUGGGACUGGGACAUGCUGUUGAGUACGUCCGGCCUCGGGUGGCACUCAUCGGUGAUGCAGCCCACAGAGUCCAUCCACUUGCAGGACAAGGUGUCAACAUGGGCUUCGGGGAUAUUUCCAGCUUGGUUCGUCAUCUCAGUACAGCGGCCUUCAAUGGGAAGGACUUAGGUUCCAUGAGCCACCUCACAGGCUAUGAAACAGACAGGCAGCGUCACAAUACUGCUCUUCUGGCUGCCACUGACCUGUUGAAAAGGCUCUAUUCAACCAGUGCCACUCCACUGGUGCUGCUCAGGACAUGGGGCUUGCAGGCAACUAACGCAGUGUCUCCUCUCAAAGAACAGAUAAUGGCCUUUGCCAGCAAGUGAGUGCUCCUCUCCUGGAGAUGAUGUUGAUGACAGAGACCAUCUAGCCCUGUGACCAUCAGAGUGCGUUUCCAAGAUGGCUUCAUAAAUUUACACUAGAACUUGUGUCUGUUUUCCUCUUCUGCUUAAUGGGCCUGUGUAGCCAAAAAAAAAAAAAAAAAGAGUGAUAUUUAAGGAAAAAAACCCAAAGGAAAACUAUUUGAUUGAAAGGAGCUUUUUAU